AUGUACCCCUACCCCGUGCACCCCUACCCCGUGUACCCCUACCCCGUGCACCCCUACCCCGUGUACCCCUACCCCGUGUACCCCUACCCCGUGCACCCCUACCCCGUGCACCCCUACCCCGUGUACCCCUACCCCGUGCACCCCUACCCCGUGCACCCCUACCCCGUGUACCCCUACCCCGUGUACCCCUACCCCGGGUACCCCUACCCCGUGUACCCCUACCCCGUGUACCCCUACCUGCAGGACGACUCGACCGUGAACAACUUCGUCGUGUUUGAAGGAUUUUUCCAAAAUCGCACAGUGCCGAGGCCCUCCACCCUGGGCGUGGACGAGAGAUCCUUGGCCCUGCCGCGGCCUCACGGCGGCCGGGGCCCCAAGCGGACGCCAGGCUCGCCCGGCGCGUCGCCUGCGGAGGCCACGGGCCGUGUCCCGCGCGGCCUGUCGGGUACGCAGCAGCAUCAGCGGCAGCAGCAGCAACAUCAGCAGCAGCAACAUCAGCAGCAGCAGCAGGAGCAGCAGCGGCAGCAGCUUCAGCAACAGCCGAGUCAUCAGCAGGGCUUGCCCGCUGCGUUGCCGCUGGUGCGCGACAAGGAGGACGACGACGAGGAGGUGGAGGUGGAGGAGGUGGAGGAGGUGGUGGUGGCGGCGAGGCGUCAGCGGAGGGCAGCGCCUCCCACUUCCUCCCUCUCCGCGUGGGACUUCGGCGGCCUGAAAGCGGCGGCGACGGGAGCGUGCAGGUCUGCGACCACCACCGCCACCACCACCGCCAACGCCACACUGCCCCCCAUCAUCUCCUCCUCACCCUCACCCCUCACUGGACGCCCACCGCUGCAACCUUCGGUCGAUCACCUCCCACAGUCCUUUGCGGCCACCACCCAGGGUCAGGGUGGCGGCACCGGCUACCCAGCAUGCACCUCUGCGUCGCAGUCGGGUUUCCCGGCGUGCAUCGCGGCGGUCCAGUCGCUCCUCCCAGCGUGCGCCGGGGUCAAGCCGACCUUCCCAGCAUGCACUUUGGUCCCCGUGAAUCUCCCAGCAUGCACCACGACCGUUCAGCCCAGCCUCUCUGCAUGCGCCGGGGCGGGAACGCCCGUUCGGGGCGGCGACCGGCGCCAGCAGGAAGCGGCGGCGUUGUCGCCGCCGCCGCCGCGGCCGUUGCUGCGGGAACGCGCCGACUCGUGGACGGUGAGGGGGGCGGCCGGCGCCCGGGGUGGGGCCGAGUGGGUGCGGCUCAAGAACGUGUACCGCGACACGCGGCCGUGGUGACCGGCGGGCGCCCCCGGGGUCAGCCAGCGGGGUCAGCCAGUGGGGUCGGUUGGCCUGGUCGCACGACGGGGUCGGUCGGUCAGUCGGUCGGUCGGUCGGUUGGUCGGUUGGGGGAAGUCUGUCGGUAGCGGGACUCCUCUACUUAGGAAAAAUUCGACAAAGGAACUUUGAGAGAUACGAACAGACAUGUAAUCCCGCAUGUCCAGUUGGCUGUUCGGGCCGAGAGUUCGUCAGUUCAACCGCCGUGCAAAUCGGUGGCAGUGGUGGCACCUACGUCUGCAGAACGUGAAGAACCAGUGGCAUCUACAUCUGCAGAACGUGAAGAACCAGUGGCAUCUACGUCUACAGAACAUAAAGAAC